AGGGUUUUCAUUUUAAAUCCAGGCGGUUGGAGCGAAACGGAAGAAUAAACGUAGGGUAUCUGGAAUACAAUAUUUAUCAUCAUGCAGAAUAAAGAAAACAUGCAGCCGCAAGCUGGUCACACGCAGCCAUCAAGCCUUGGUCCGCUUCGAGUUGGGAUGAAUUUGUCUGCAGACACGCACACCAUUACAGGUCCUGGGAGAGUUCCAGUCAAGUCCAACUCAAAAAAAUUCACCAUUAAAGACUUCGACAUCGGCCGUCCACUGGGAAAGGGAAAGUUUGGGAAUGUGUACUUGGCACGAGAGCGGAAGCUGAAGGUGAUCGUGGCUCUAAAGGUUCUGUUCAAAUCUCAAAUGGAGAAAGAAGGCGUAGAACAUCAGCUAAGAAGAGAAAUUGAGAUCCAAUCUCAUCUCAGGCAUCCAAAUAUUCUGCGCUUCUAUAACUAUUUCCACGAUUCCUCUCGGGUGUAUCUGGUUUUGGAGUACGCUCCACGUGGAGAGAUGUACAAGGAACUUCAGCGUUGUGGACGUUUCGAUGACCAGCGCACCGCUACUUACAUGGAGGAAAUUGCUGAUGCUCUUCAGUACUGUCAUGAGAAGAAAGUCAUUCACAGAGAUAUUAAACCAGAGAACCUUUUGCUGGGCUUCAGAGGAGAACUUAAAAUCGCAGACUUCGGUUGGUCUGUCCAUGCACCAUCACUAAGACGGCGCACCAUGUGUGGCACGCUGGACUAUCUGCCCCCUGAGAUGAUCGAAGGUCACACUCAUGACGAAAAGGUGGACCUGUGGUGCAUCGGUGUGCUGUGUUACGAGUGUUUAGUGGGAAAUCCUCCGUUUGAGACGGCCAGCCACACUGAAACAUACAAGCGAAUUACUAAGGUGGAUCUUCAGUUUCCUAAAGUAGUGUCAGAUGGUGCUCGAGAUCUGAUAUCUAAGCUGCUCCGUCACAGUCCCACCAUGCGUAUGCCGCUCAGGAACGUAAUGGAGCAUCCGUGGGUGAAAGCAAACUCCCGCAGAGUUCUGCCCCCAGUCUGUAACCCACAGGCCGCCUCACAUCACUGACACGAGCAAACCCGACGAUGAAUCCAGUUUGUUUCAGUUCAGAAUCUGCUGAUCACGAGGGAGAAUUCUGCAUCUAUAAGUGUCAGAAACGCCUGAUUUAGGGCUUCAUCCUCUGUCUGUUCAACACGAGGUGGUGUCGGUUAUUUAAUGAUGCUUCUCGAUUGGCAUCCUGACUGAGCUGUUUGAUAUAAACAAACAAACUUAUGUAUUAAAUGUAUUAUUUUUCACCUUUAUGCUCCUUUUAAAGUUGUAGAUGUCUUUGGUUUCAGUUCUGUUGUUAUUCGUGUGUUUUCUGUCUUUCUGUAUCCUUUUGCUUGUAAAUGUGUUUAUGCUUAGAAACAUAAAAGGUUUUAAAUA